AAAAAAAAACCUGUUUCGGGAGCCACAAUCAAGACCGCUAUAUCAUGUAAAUGAAAUAUCUAUGCUGAAUAUUAAGCUAUUGGGAUUCCUCACUUGUUUUGUAAGAGUGUAAGUGACAUCAUUUCCCCCUCCCUUUGCAUAUAACAUUUAUUUUAGUUUUUCCAAAAAAGAAAGAAAGAAAGAGGGAGGGAGAAAGGAAAUAAAACCGAGAAGGUCGGAAGGGGUGCAAUUCGAUGUAAUCAGAAACGGGGACACCCCGCCCCCCAAAGCACCUUGUAGUCAUAUUUCAACUGUCUUAAAUUAUUCACUGUUUAUUCAAAGCCAAAGGUUAUGUUGUUAAUUUUUCAAGGCUGGGAGGGGGGAAAUGGGGUGGGAACGGGCCGAGAGAGGGAUGCUUGAACUGACAACUGUACAUAAAACCUAAUCUAAAGCUGUCCAAAGGCACAGCGCUUAAUGCAUUCCACCAGGUAGCAUUCCGCUCCAAUCAUACCUAGUUAUUUAGGCAAAAAGAAAAAUUGAAAAAGACCGACGAGCGAGAGAGUGAGAGAGCGAGAGAGAUAGAGAGAUAAAUAACCAAGGGGAAAUAUCUGAUAGUUAGAUCAUAAGCAAGCAUUCUUUUUUAUAUUUCUUCCAGUAUAAUAAAUUAUUGAUAUCAUUGCAGACUUUUAUAUUAUGGGAGGAUUAAAAUAAUAAUGAUAAUAAUAAUAAUAAAAAUAGUAAUUAAAAGGGUGAUAAAAGCACUGUUUCUAUUUUUUUUCUUUUUUCCAAUAAAAAAAGAGAGAAAGUAAUAAAAAAGUUAAAAUUCUUUGUACCGGUUAUAAUACUAAAAUAAAAUAAAUAAAAUAAAAGUGUAUAAAAAACUUUACAUCUGUGCUGUGGAAUUGUUUAGUUCGAGGACUUUACACACCUUAACGCCGCGUUAGAUUUAAAAUAAAAAAACCAGUGUAGACCAACCGUUAGAGCAAAAAAAAAAUACAAAAAAAUCAUUUUUACCAAAUUCCAUGCUACUCAUAUACCAAAAUUUAUAUACGCAUUUUACAAGUACUGCAAACAUGGAGUUAGAGAUAAUCAUGGUAUUUUCAUCAGCUUAGUAAUUUUUGAAACAUGAUUGUGUCGUGUAAGCAAACUGCAAUUUUUCAAGUUGUUACAAAACCUGCCGCCCCGUCCCCAGCUCCGAAGACCAUCUUGUUUUGUAAUUUAACGUUCCCAAGAAACAAAUAUCCAAGAAUCCAAGGACAGACAUGGGACUCCCAUCCGCACUGUAGAAUCAUAGUACACUGAUUCCUCUUUUAACGGACAUGUUUCCAUCUGAUGGGAUCCUGGGAUUGGCAUUUGAAGGAGGCACACUGAAAUUUUUCAGCCAAAGAGUUUUGGUGCUUCUCCAAAUUACGAACCUCCAGAUCUCUUGGGAGGCCACCAUGACAUUUAAUGUGGGAUCAGCCCACUAUAAUUAUAUAGUGUGAAUGGGCCCAGGAUCUUGGCUGUCAAACUCUGCUUUCCCCCCUCCAAGGCACCCAAGAAUUGAUGCCAAAGCUGCAGUGCCUGGCACAGCUGGAAAAUUGCAGUUUGUCCGUGCAUAAUGUUGUCCUGUUUACAAGUUAACCUUAAGUUUUGGGGUGUUUGUCAGGGGUCUUCUUGUUUUUGUAUUUAAAAAUAAAUCAAAGCAGAAAAAAAUAGUUAUAUUCUCAUGUGUACCGUGCGUGCCAUAAAGGGAGGGGGGGAUAGAAAAAGGUUUUUAAAAAGGCAAGCACUUUAGUUAAAAAAAGAAAAAAAACGAUCAAUUCACCGCUGUGAACCUGCCAACUUGCUAUAAACAAUUCUGCUUUUCAAAAAGUGUUUGUGGACGGCCUAUGUCAUCGUAAUGUGCAUGCAAAAUAUGACCAGUUGAACGAUAACCAUCAAUAAAGUUUCACAAGAUUUGAAAACAA